AUGCGUGAAUCCAAAGACAAGAAAGCCCCAGCUGGAGGCCCAAAGAAUCAAGCAAAUGCCUCAGAGGUGCAGCCUGGCUACUGGGUGUCACUUACCAACACCAUUAUGGGUCUGAAUCCUUUGGCCCUAGCCAAGAACACCGUCCAGGAUGGCGUGGGGAGUAAACAAGUGACGGACAAGAAGAAUGAGAAUGGUUACAAGCAGCAGACAGUGACUGCCGUUCGUAAGACGCAUGCACAGGCAGACAGUGAGGGUAUCAAAGCCUUGUAUAUCUACAAAGCAGGCACCUCCACCGUUUGCAAGGGCCAUUCUUCAAUCCCGCCUACUGAUAAUGGCUGGACUGAUGGCCAAGAUGGCCUAAUUAUCAUAAUGAGGGGAGACAAGAGGUCCUGGGCCGAGAUUGAAGAUAUUAUCAAAGGCGGAAGGGGAUUGAACGAAAUCAAAAAGCGAUAUGACGAGCUCAAAAAGCUAUAUGACGAGCUCAAGGCGCGAAGCGAAUACGCAGACACAGAUGAGUCCGAAUCCGAGGGAUACGGAGAUGAUGAAGAGGACGAUGAAGAUGAAGACAGCGAAGAGGAGGACGAAGAAAGUGACGAUGAAGAGGAAUAUGACUUCUCCCCCGCGUCCUUCUCCUAUUCCUCUUCAUCUUCCAGCGACGACGAAGACGGAUACGACGCAGACGACUACGACCCGUAUGGCCCGAUGGACCCCGUCGCCUGGGAACGCGAGCGCCGUCGCCAUCAACGCUUCGCACAACGCCACCUCUGGGCCUCCUUGUACCGCAAAACCGGCGACGACUCCUGGACUGGAAUGGGUUUCUCCAAGCGUGACCGGUCCAUCCUGUUCUCCCUGCACGACCGCGCCCUUGCCAACCGCUACCUGGAGAUGCAGGCCAACUUUCUCAACGCUACCGGCCGCAUGGUCCCCCUCCACCUCAUCCAGGCCAGGCUCCAGGGUCGCACGCCGACUGAAGAGGAACACAUGCUCCCCCGCAUCGCUCGGUUCCAGGCCCGCGUCGCCAAAUGGAACCAAAGUGUUGCUGAUGGCGAUGAGUUGCUUGACCCUAGCACCGCAAGCGACAUCCCUGCUGAUGCCCUGCGGGCUGAUGAAGGCGACGAGUGA